GUGACCAGGCUUCGGUCGUAAUGAUCUUGGAUCUCCGCUGGCACCACGAACAUGGAUGACAAGUCCAACAAGCUGCUCCUGGCCCUGGUCAUAGUCUUUCUGUUCGCUGUCAUCGUUUUGCAGUAUGUGUGCCCGGGCACGGAAUGCCAGCAGCUCCGUCUGCAAGCUUUCAGCUCCUCUCUGGUGGACCCCUACUGGGCUGAAGACGAGACCCCGGCCAAAUUCAUCCCCAAAUUCAAUUUCAGCGUGGACGACCUGCUGAGGAAGGUGGACUUCAACAUCAACGGGGACGAUCUGAUCGUCUUCCUGCACAUCCAGAAGACAGGGGGGACCACGUUCGGUCGCCACCUGGUCAGGAACAUCCGCCUGGAGCAACCUUGCGAGUGCAAAGCUGGCCAGAAGAAGUGCACCUGCCACAGACCGGGCAAGAAGGAGACCUGGUUGUUCUCCAGGUUCUCUACAGGCUGGAGCUGUGGUCUGCACGCAGACUGGACGGAGCUGACCAACUGUGUCCCUGCGGUGGUGGACAAUAAGAAGGAGAUCAAGCUCAGACCCCUAAGGAACUUCUACUACAUAACCAUCCUGCGUGAUCCUGUUUCCCGAUAUCUAAGUGAGUGGAGACAUGUCCAGAGAGGAGCCACCUGGAAGGCUUCUCUGCAUGUAUGUGAGGGAAGAUCCCCGACCACUGAUGAGCUGCCCAGCUGUUACACUGGAGAUGAUUGGUCCGGCUGUUCUUUGAAGGAGUUUAUGGAUUGCCCCUAUAAUUUAGCUAAUAACAGACAAGUUCGGAUGUUGGCUGAUUUGAGCUUGGUAGGGUGUUACAACCUAUCUGUGAUGCCAGACGAGCAGAGAAACAAGGUUCUUCUUGACAGCGCCAAGGAAAACCUCAAACGCAUGGCUUUUUUUGGUCUGACGGAAUUCCAGAGGAAGACCCAGUAUCUUUUCGAAAAGACAUUCAACAUGAACUUCAUCUCUCCUUUCACUCAGUUCAAUAGCACGAGGGCGUCAAGCGUGGAGAUAGACGAGCUGACGCAGAAACGUAUAGAGACAUUGAAUUUUCUAGACAUGGAGUUAUAUGAAUAUGCAAAAGACCUUUUCUUACAAAGAUAUCAAUUUAUGAGACAAAAAGAACACCAGGAAGCAAGACGGAAGCGCCAAGAACAACGGAAAAUCUUGCGAGCAAAACAUGCAAAUCAUAAACUGGAUUUGGACAAUGCAACUGCUGAUUAUAUAGGGAAUGUAGAGAAAUGGCGGUAGUAGUUUUUAUAAUGGAAGUCUACUACUAGGACCUAGGACUGUACAAUAAACCCAAAACUGGAGAUGAAAAAAAAAAUUAGGCAAUGACCUAUUACAAACGAUUUUACGCUUCGUAUACACUUGAAGCCGAAGAAGUUUAUCAGUUGCCUUUGCAAAUGCCUUUGCAUUAAUUAUUGUAAUUAUACUGUACACGGGAGUUUAGUUGUGUGACUUAGUUCAUAAAGGUUGAAGAGCUAUUGAUCGUCUAUUAGCAGACCUGAUUAUCAAAGGAAUAUGGAAUCCAGUUUGCAUUAUGGCGUUAUACAGAACACUUCAUCAGACUAUGUUCCAUAUUUACUUUUGUUGUAGAAAAUCAGUCCCCAUUUUAAAUAUCGUAUGACUGAAAAAUCUUUAACUUAUCAAUUUGGAUCCAUUUUUUGAGACACGGUUUAGCAGAGUGCCGAUUUCAAUGUUAUGCAAUGCUAUUUGCUGAAUAACCUAUACAUUGUAACUGGAUGUUUGACUGUGCUACAUUGU